GUCUUCUAGCAUCAUCCCUUCUGAAGAAAUCCAUUCUUUUCUGUCCCUCCCAUUUCUUAGUCAAGAAAUUUCAGCGCAGUUGCGAUGCAAAUUCCUGCUUUCCGCCUCCCCCGCCUAUUUAACCACUCCUCCAUGCCUCUGCUCCAUCUCCCCAUCGCCGGCCAAAUCAUCCCACCGCCCAACGAUCAACCCAAUUCUUUUUUACCAUGGGAACAACCCUCUCCGUCCUCGCCUCCGUCGCCGUCCUCCGCUCCACCGUCAAGGAGUUCGUCCCGCCCGAAAUCCGCACCUACCUCCUGGAACUCAGCCGCCGCUUCUCGUCGGAGAUCGUCCUCGUCGUCCCGGAGUCCCACGAAGGCUCGACCAACCACCUCCACAAAGCCCUCGCCACCUACCUCGGCAGCGCCGCCGUCGCCGACCCCGGCGCCCCUCCCCGGCGCCUCACCGUCGGCAAGAGCGAGACCAUGAAGGUGCUCACCUUCGGCCUCGACCGCAACUCCGAGAUCGUCGACCGCUUCGACGGCAUUCCGAUGAAGUGGGCCUACUUCACCGAGACCAACACCGCCAUCCACUUCGAGCUCAAGUGGUACGAGCUCCGCGUCCACCGCAAGCACGGCGAGCUCGUGACCGCCAGAUACUUCACCCACAUCCUCGAGACGGCGAAGAAGAUUAGGGAUCGGAGCAGAGUGGUCAAAUUCUUCACCACGCGCAGCGGGCGGGACGGGUGGAGCACCAAGGGGAUGAAUCUGGAGCAUCCCAUGACCUUCGAAACCCUCGCCAUGGAUGGGGAUCUGAAGCACGAGGUAAUUGAAGAUCUUGAUUCGUUUAUGGGAGGGAGGGAUUACUACAAGAAGAUUGGCAAAGUCUGGAAGCGUGGGUAUUUGCUGUACGGCCCUCCAGGGACGGGGAAAUCCAGCUUGAUCGCCGCCAUGGCGAAUUACUUGAACUUCGACAUCUACAACCUGAACCUCUCGGUGGUCAAUUCGGAUUCCUCGCUCGAGUAUCUGCUGCUUCACAUGUCAAAUCGGUCCAUUCUCGUCGUCGAGGACAUCGAUUGCUCCCUGAUGUUGCAGAAUCGUCAAGCCGUGGACCACCAGCAGCGUCCUGUGCAGGAUCAGAAUCUGCCCACGGCUCAGAUUCUGCCCACGGCUCAGAUUCAGGUCCCUAUUCGCCCGAAUCAGGUGACGCUAUCUGGACUUCUGAACGCCAUUGACGGGCUGCUAUCUUGUUGUGGGGAUGAGAGGAUUGUGGUCUUCACUACUAACUACAAGGACAGGAUCGAUCCUGCUCUGCUCAGAGCCGGGCGAAUGGAUAUGCACAUUCACCUGACUUACUGCACAUUCUCCACUUUUAAGCAACUUGCUCUCAACUAUCUGGACAUUCGCGAUCACAAACUAUUCGGCCAAGUCCAGAGGUUGAUAUCGGAAGUUGAGGUUUCUCCAGCAGAGGUGGCAGGGGAACUCAUGAAAGACAGAGAUCCCAGCAGCAGCUUGGAAUGCCUCAUCAGGUUUCUGGAAAGCAAGAAAGCAGAAGUGAAGCCCUCUUCACCGGAAGAUGUAAUCAGUGACGGCGAGAACUGUAAACCAGAACAGAAUGAUGGACGAAAGGAUGAAAAAGCUGUUUGCAAGCCGCUGGAAGUUGGAGGGUAUCGGAUCAAGGAAGAGUUGUCGUCAACUUUGGGGUCUAUUCUCUCGGAACAUGGCGACAUUGUUGCUAACUGCACAUUGCAGUCUCCGGAGUGUCGCGCAUUGUUCUUGGAACUUGUCUGCGAAAUCUUUCAGAAGCUUCAAGCUUUGAAGGAAACCAGGUUGACUCUGGCCGAGCUUAACUCCAUGGCGAGAAGUGUUCGAGAUCUCGAGUCACUGAAACUGGAGGUUGGGUGGCUCCUUGGGAGCCUGGACGAGGUUACUCCAGUCUUGAAUGGAACGGAGGCUAUGCCAUGAAUUCGUCUCUUCUUGUAUCUGAAUUCAGUGCGGUUCCAGUUUUAUAGGAUGUCCGAAUUCAGUGUCCAAUCGAAAUAAGAUAUAUGGAUUUCUAAAUAUGCCAAAGUAAUAUCUCAUCAAGUAACGUUGUUUAGGUGUUGGUACAGCUCGAUUAUGACGACUAGCACAUCUUCCUAUUUAUAAUUUUAGUAUAACGAUGUGUUUCACCGCUUUUUUCCAGUAGUUGUAUUUGGCUUAUACCAUUUGUGUAAGUCGACUCACUUUUUUUUUACUUUAGUCUAGUGAUGGCAAUG